AGUCUGAAAGGGGGUAACAUGUGCAAAUCUCAUCAGUUGUAAUUGUCGAGCGAUUAAAUAAAGAUCUUGUUAAUCGAAUUAUUCUAUAUUGAGUAUAUUACAAUUUGGCGACGAGGAAAGCGAACCGAAUAUGCCUUCCACCAAUGAGGGACAAGGUACGUCCAAAAAUGCAUCAAGUGUUGGGAAUUUAAGAGAAUUUCACUUGAAUAUCACAGACUGGAAUAUCUACAAGGCGAGAUUGAAUAACUAUUUCUCAGCAAACGAAAUUUCCGAUACGAAUAAACAACGGGCGAUCCUAUUGAACAUGUUGGACGAGGAAGCCUAUAAACUAAUAUUUAACAUAUGUAGCCCGGACCUUCCAGAAGAUAAGUCUUACAAUUCGUUACUGGAAUUAUUCGACAAACAUUUCACGCCGAAGAAGUCAGUCUUGGCUGAACGCUAUAAAUUCUUCGCGGCGAAAAAGGAUUCGUAUGAAAAUAUCAAGGAGUGGGCUGCAAGAAUAAGAAGUUUGGCUGUUUCCUGUGAAUUCGGACAAGAACUGGAUAUCUGCCUCAGGGAUCGUUUUGUCUGUGGGUUUGAGAAGGGAGCAAUUUUGGAUAGAUUGCUAGAAGAAAAAAAGGAGAUCACAUUUGAACAAGCGAUCAAUGUGGCGGAAAACAAAAUGGCGGCGUGUCAGAGCUACCAGAUUUCAGGUCUUGAAAUCAAGUCGGAGCCGUUACAUCAUAUACGCAAACGCAAUAACAAGAGUGACGAAGGAAAACGUCAUCAAGCAGAAGGCCAUCAUCCGGUGCAGGACAGGGAGAGUUGCGCAGUUUGUGGUAAACAAGGACAUCGCAAAGGUGUUCUGUAUCCAGUUGAUUAUAGCGAAUGGGGAACUCCAGUCGUACCAGUAUUGAAGAAAAAUGGAUCAUUGCGUCUUUGUGGAGACUACAAAGUAACUAUCAACCCGCAUAUUGAAGUUGACCAACAUCCUCUGCCGAGAAUUGAUGAUCUGUUCAAUUGUCUACAGGGUGGAGUAAAAUUUUCAAAACUGGACCUGUCUGAUGCUUACCAACAGAUAGGCUUAGAUGAAAGUUCUAAAGAGCUCACCACAAUUGUUACUCAUAAGGGCUUAUACAGGUACAAUAGAUUAACAUACGGAAUUGCGUCAGCACCUGCUAAGUUUCAAAAAAUAAUGGAAUCGCUUUUCACUGGUUUAGAAGGUGUCGUAGUAUUUUUGGAUGAUGUGUUGAUAACUGGAAAAGAUGAUAAUGAACAUUUGGAAAGAUUGAGAGUAGUUUUAACAAUUCUAAAAAAUUCAGGUUUGAAAGUAAGUCGUCCUAAAUGCAAAUUCUUUCAGGAUAGUAUUGAGUAUCUAGGUUAUAUAAUUGAUAAGGAAGGUUUGCAUACCAGUGAAUCAAAGACAGUAGCUAUUAAAAAUGCGGAAGCACCAACCAAUGUGAGUGAACUCAAAUCGUUCUUGGGAAUGGUGAACUACUAUGGUAGAUUCAUCCCAAAUUUGUCAACUAUAUUACAUCCGUUAUAUGAGUUAUUGAAAAAAGACAAAAAAUGGGAUUGGUCUGACAAUUGUCGAAAAGCUUUCGAGCAGAUUAAAUCCUUCUUAGCUUCUCCUCGAGUUCUAGUACAUUUUGACCCUCUUAUGAAAAUAAAACUGACAGUUGAUGCUAGUCCAUACGGAGUAGCAGCGGUGUUGAGCCAUAUUCUUCCUACAGGGAUAGAUAGGCCAAUUGCCUUCGCUUCUAGAACACUUUCCAACAGUGAAAAAAAUUAUUCCCACAUAGAAAAAGAAGGUUUGGCGAUAAUAUUCGCGGUAUUGAAAUUUCAUCAGUAUUUAUACGCAAAUAAAUUCAAAUUAGUAACAGACAAUAAAGCAUUGAUCUCAAUUUUUGGUCAGCAUAAACCCAUUCCACAAUUUUCGGCCAACAGACUUAGACGUUGGGCCGUGAUACUAUCUAACUAUCAAUAUGAAAUAGAAUAUGUCGAAUCGAAAAAGAAUAAUGCAGAUGCGUUAUCCAGGCUAUUAAAGAAUCAUUCAGAAAACGAUACUCUAAGUAUCGAGGAUAAAGAGGUAAACUAUUGCAAUUUUUUAUCAAAUAGUGACGAAUUACCUAUGAACUAUAAUCAAAUUGUACGCGAAACGAAACAGGAUGAGUUAAUUGCUAAAAUAAUUAGGUUAGUGAAAACAGGAUGGCCUAGAUAUAUCAAUGAUGUAGAUAUUAAACCGUUUUUUUCUAGACGCUUUGAGUUCUCGGUGGUUGAUAAUUGUCUUUAUUGGAACCAUAGAAUUAUUAUCCCGAGCAAGCUACGAUCGGUGUUCUUAAAAUCUCUUCAUCAAACACAUUUUGGAAUUGUUAAAAUGAAAAAUAUAGCUAGAUCGCACUUCUGGUGGCCGAAUUUAGAUAAGGAAAUCGAAGAUACGGUUAAAAAGUGUCAUAGUUGUUCCAGAGUUGCGGGUAAUCCCCCAAAGGUUCCGUUGGCCAAUUGGUCUUGGCCAAAGGAAGUGUGGGAGAGAUUGCAUAUUGACUAUUUGGGACCAAUCGCAGGAAAAUAUUAUUUAAUUAUACUUGACGCCCAUUCGAAAUGGCCCGAAGUUUUUGAGACUUCUUCUACUAACACAGAAAUAACAAUAAAAAUUUUGAAACAAAUUUUUGCAAGGUUCGGUUUACCAGUAACCUUAGUUUCGGAUAAUGCCACAUAUUUCAAGUCCUCUGACUUCGAAUUGUCCUUAACCAACAAUAAUAUUUCACACAAAACGAUACCCCCAUUUCAUCCACAAUCUAAUGGUGCUGCCGAAAAUUCUGUAAAGUUGUUCAAAAAUUCUUUGAAAAAGGCUUUUGUUGAAGGACACCCUGUGGACACGAAUACAGUUCUUUGCAGAUUCUUGUUGGACUAUCGUACUACAAAGCACUGUACGACUGGAGAAACUCCAGCAAAAAUUAUGUUUGGUCGUAAUAUAAGGACAAGGUUUGAUGCCAUACUGUAUAAACCGUCUAGUGUAUUGCGAAAUAGAGUUUUGGAAGCUCAAGAUAGACAAAAGAAAUAUUUCAAAGGCAAUAACCAUGUCCAAUUCUUAGUUGGUGAUACUGUUUUAGUAAAAGAUUAUCGCGAUCAAAAUAAGCCAACCUGGAUUAAAGGCAUCAUUCAGAAGAAAAUUGGUAGAGUAACUUUUCUUGUGUAUAUCCCGGAGUUAGAAAAAAAUUGGAAAAGACAUGCAAAUCAAUUAAAAAAAUCUCUACCAGAUAUAAGUUAUCCGAAUAAGAGUACAGUUGCUGAAACAGUGACUCCAAACAAUGAUAAUACAACUGUUACUAAUGAAAUUGUACCAACUAGACCCAAGCGUGUGGCUAAGCCACCUGAACGCUAUCAAGCUUCUUAAUUUCUGUUGAUCUCAUAUUAUUUGUAGUUAACCUAGUAUUUAGUUGAUGAUGAUUGUAAAAUAACAAUAAUAAUAUGGAUAUUCAAUUAUUGUAUUAAUUUGAAUUAAGGGGUGGAAAAAUGUAAUGUAUUGAAUUAUGUGUAAUGAUUCUUAGAUGUGCGCACUAUGAUUGCCCCACUACCGUUAAACAGUCUGAAAGGGGGUAACAUGUGCAAAUCUCAUCAGUUGUAAUUGUCGAGCGAUUAAAUAAAGAUCUUGUUAAU